CAAUGUUUAUCGGGCUUGAGGACGUGUAUUUCGCAUUUGAAUUUUAUUUUUUACGAUAUAAUUCAGUCCUAGUAACUUGAUUUAUCAUAGAGUGUCUUUUGGUACUGAGAAUGUAGAGGUGCACGUAGAUUCCCUCUUGGCUAAGUGCUCAGGGUAGCGUACUCCAGUGCCCUACAUUCCAAUACUUUUUACUCAAAUGGAAGAAAGUUGUGCGUUUGAAACGUUUCUUUGGGAGGGUAUGCCAUAGGCUCUGGUUUGUGAUGGAAAAUAUUGAGUGGUGUCGCCGGGAUUAGUAACAAUAGCUAUGUAUACGCUGGUGGAGAUAGCCGUGAGCCUGGGGGUGCUCACCACUCUCGUCACGGUGCUCUCGGCUUGCGUCUGCGGCUGCAAAAAUUCCAAUCAAAAAAGUGAAUUGGUCGGAACAGCUGGUGUGGUCAAAAUACGUUUUGACGAGGAGGCACCGUCACCUACACCCACCACCCCGGCGUCUGUCAAGCGGGCUUCAACUCAGAACAGUCAGAGGAGUCUUCCGGAGAUCCCUCAUCCAAUGGGCAGGCACGACAGCGGCGACACUGCUUCAGAAAUAUAUGCUACUGUUAAUUUGGAUGAAGGUAACAAGGUUGCGGCGGCCGCGUCGACCAGUCGAGACCACCCAUAUGAACAUGCAUACGCUAAAUUACAGAAUCAAAUUGAUUCACACAACAUCACGGUAGAAAUAACGCCAGACGCGACGUCCGACACGGAGCUGCGUAUUGACGAGCGGGAGGCGAGUCAGUCAGGGCCGGAGUCGGUGGUGAUCUCGGCUUCCGUGGCCAUCAGCGGGCAGCUGCCUUCGAGCCAGGAGUUGCCCUACAUCACGCCGCCGUCGCCGCGCCCACAAGACGCCGGGCCCCACUUCAGCGGGGACUCUACUGAUUCUGCCAAGGGCUACACAAGCAUCUCAGUGCGCGAGCCGCUGAGCAACAUCCGUGCGCAGAGCACCAAGUCCACGGCGCUGCAGCCACACUACGCCACUGUGUCCGACGACUCCGACGAGAUGUACGCGGCGAUAGAAGAGGCGAGCGUGGGCGAGGGCUCGGACACGUACGCGCAGAUCAACCCCGAGCCGCGCCGCCGCCAGCCCGCGCCCGACCUCAUCGCAGACCACCACGCCAGAAGGAGCGCUCCACCAGAAAUCGGCGCCUCCACGGCCAAUGCUACACAUUCCAGACAAGCGUCUUCCUCAUCAUGUUCGAACUCGACGGGCGCGCUCGGCUCUCCGAAGCCGGAGAAGCGAUCCGCCAACUCCCCACUGCCUCCCCCACCGAGCGCAACACACGCCGCGCACACUGCACACACUUCACAUUCUGCACACACUUCACAUUCUGCGCACACUUCACACUCGUCACAUUCCACACACCCGUCUCACCCCGCGCAGCGAGUUACUGCUGAACAACGUCAACAUCAACGUAUAUCUAGCACAGGCGAUCUCUUCAACAACGAGAAACUACGUCGGAGCCUCAACGAGAAGCACCAGCGCAACAACAGCUGUGUCAGCUCGUCAGACUUCUACGGGUGCAACUACCCGGUGGAGAAGCACCGCUUUAGCUCGGGCGACAUCAUACGCCCGCUGGUCGCUAAAGAGCUCAACUUCGACAUCGACCAACGAGACAACCCUGCUGACAACCUCUACAACUCCAUAGACGGCCCCAACUACAGCGACUACUCCUCAGCCGACGCCAACACCACGGCCAACUCCGAACAACGCGUCACCGAAAGCCCGUCCCGAAAUGUCGAGGAAAUGUACGCUAAAGUCAUGAAAAGAGUAAAGGCUAAAGAAGAAGCGAGAAAGUCUAAAGACUUUACCGGUGACGGCGAACCGCACACGUCCAAAUUCCGCGGAGACGACCCCGGAUACGAAACCAUAGAUCGAAAGAAAUCCACCAAUCACGGGUACGAAACCAUCGCUCAUAAGGAAAGGAAGAUUUCUAACCAAGAUCCCGGGUACGAGACAGUCAAAGAGAUCAACAAGGCGUCCAAUUCAAACUUCAGCAACAAUAACCUGUUAAAAUUGAAUCACUUAACAGACAGCGGCCCUAACAGUAUAAUAAGCAGUGACGCAGGUUACGAACAUAUUUCUAAAACGGACAAUAACGCUUCGGACUCGGACCCCAACUACGAAGUGUUGAGGAACCAGCCGCCGACGCCGCCGUACGCGACCAUAGCUCCGAAUUAUAAAGUACAACCGACUUAUUCAACUGUGAACAAACGGCCCAGUAAGUAUAGCAACUGGCCGGUGAACAAUAACGAAGAACCGAGUGUGGAGCCCAACUACGAGUCCAUGCCGCACGACCCGCUCUACAACACUGGUAGUGAAUCAGAUCCUAAUUAUGAAUCGGUUCGACCGAAGGAUCCAAACUAUGAAAGCGUCAACCCUCAAGACCCAAAUUACGAAUCUUUGAGAUGUAAAGACCCGAAGUACGAGUCCGUGCGAUCUAAAGACUCCAAAUAUGACUCGGUGCGAUCCAAAACGGAUCCCAAUUAUGAGAGUGUCAAGUAUUUUGACGUUUCCAAGAAGGAGCCGCCCUAUGAACGGGUGAACAAUGAUAAAGCGACUGGUUCUGACUUGGAGAGAUCAGACUCGUCAGCGGGGUAUGAGAAAAUCAACGUCCCCCACAACAGGGACCCCAAAAGCAGUAUUAACAAUGGUGCUGACGGCACGGUCAGCGAUUACUUUCAAGUCUAACAGAGAUGAAAUAAAUGACUCGAAGACCACUCAGAUUGAGGUAUUAAUAUGAAUAUCCACCGUUGUAUUCAUAUAAUUUUGAGAUUGUACGUUUUUUUAUUAUAUUUUAUACAAACAAAACUCUACAAUGUAUUAUACCUCAAAGUUAGAUGAAUUCGUAUCUUCCUUAGGUAUCUGUGAUAUAAUAUUGAGUAUGGAUGUCUUAUUUAUUUUUACUCCUAUAGGAAGAUGGCUUUUCGAUGUCGGGAAAUUUUAGAAAUUGUUUAUUUUGACAUAAACCGGCUGACGUUUGUAAUACUUAUCAAUGGAUUGUGUGUUCAUAAGUAUAUCAGACCAGUAUACUUUUAUGAUUGUAUGUUGAAUGUACAAAAUGUAGAUUGUACAUAUUAUAAGUACUAAUUUAUAUUAACUUUUAAUAUCUAUAAUUUUAUAAUAAAGUACGAGUGAUUAGGAUUUGUGGAGUCAUGGAUUCUCCUAGAAAAGGACAACGAAUAUGUAAUCCAAUAAAAGUAUUAUUAGAGAAUGAUUAUCGGAAUGGUUAGCUUUGUUAGCCAAUGCAAUAAAUCAUAUAUCUUGGCUGCAUUUCAUCUAAGACUGUCUUUUAUUGCACAGCUUUAUUGGAAAAUAACACUCUUGUGUUGGUAUGCACAGUCCAAGAGUGCAAUUUUUCGAUGAAGUUUAUUUUUGAAGAAAUAUUUUACGUUGUGACUUUUUAUUAAUUAGUAUAAGCUUAUUGUUUUUAAUUACUGUUUCGUUGAUUUUUGUUAUAACAGUUAUUAAGAUUAUUAACAAUAAUUAAUUAAAAAAUAGGUGUCAUAUAUUUUCAGUUGGUAAGGUGGUUAUGUAAAGUAGUACCUGAGUAUAUUGUGUUAAUGUACAUUUUAGCUUGAAAGCGUAAGUGAGUCCUUGUUUAUCGGGCUGAGAAUGGUGAAGUCUGGUUCUAAAUUAAUUGAAACCAUGGUGUUCAUCGAGGUGCUAUACUAUCGUUACCUCAUUGAGAAAUUCGAUGCCUUCUUUAACAGAAACUCGAUAUAAAAAGACCUAUUCAAACAAACUCAAUUUUAUAUUGUAAAUAUUGAGAGAGAAACCGUUCUAUCGAGUCAUGUGUCAACAUGUUUCAUAGAACCAGGGUUCCAAAACAGCUCUGAAUGUGGGCUUAAUAUCAGCGGUACGAUGUACCCAACCAAUGCAAUGUUAACUUGUAUGAUAUUAUAAAUAUCACUCUAACAUUUAUUCCAUUUUAUACUUUAUCUUCGGACAUUUGUCAGUACAACCACAAAUAUACAUUUCUACCUGCACUUGUAUUUUCGAGAAUUGUAUCUUCUAUAUUCGAUUUAAAGCACUAUACUGUUUUUGUAAGAUUCUAAUUAACUUUUGUGGUUGCGUUGUACAGUCAAGAUACUCUUUAAAAUAAUUGAUCACGCUACUUAAAUAACUUUAAGUGAUAUCAAAGAACACCAUAAUUAUAUAAAUAUUAUUUAUCGCAUGGACUGUAAAUAUGAUUAUUAUUGGUAACAUUAUCUGUCUGUACUUCACCGUGGAUGGUGUUAGACAACUAAAAAAUAAUGUACUCAGCUUCUUAGAAAAAAAAAAAUCAUAAUGUAAUCAAUACUAGUAAUGACUGAUAUUUUUGGCAAAGCCAUAACAUUUUUAAAUAAAAUAGUAUUUCCUAUUAAAAUUAUAGUUGUCAACCACCGUCCUUUAUGAUGAAUUGUAAUAUCAGUAUUUGUGUAUUCUCCACAAACAAACACCAUUCCAUAUUUUAUAGAUCAAACAACAUAAAUACAUAUUUAAACGAAUAAAAUAUGCCAUAA